UUUUAACACAAUCCCCACAGAACUUGGAACUGCAAUGGAGGUAUCCCAUCGAGAUAUCGGGGGCGAUAACGGUCUUCGACAACCGCUCUUAACCGACACUUCUAAACCUUCCGCAAACAAAGCAAGAGAAUCAAGUUCCCCCGAAACUCUAACCCCUUAUGCAAACUCUACCCUUUUUAGCCUUCUCACUUUCUCUUGGUUGAGCCCAAUGGUUGCCAUCGGUCACAAGAAGCCAUUAGACCUCGAAGACGUUCCUCAGCUCUCGGGUGUUGAUAGCGUAGUCGGAUCUUUCCCCAUUUUAAAACACAAGUUGGAUCCUGAUCACUUUAACGGUAAGAAACUCACAACUUCCGAGCUCGUGAUCGCUUUGAUCCAUACCACACAGAAAGACAUCCUAAUUACAGCAAUUCUUGCCCUUCUUUACACAUUGGCUUCUUACGUUGGUCCUUAUCUCAUAGAUUCAUUUGUUCGAUUUCUUAACGGAACCCAAGAUUCGAAUAAGUACCAAGGUUAUCUCUUUGUUCUUGUGUUCUUUCUUGCCAAAGUUGUGGAGUCUGUAUCACAGAGACACUGGUUCUUCAAGCUGCAACAAGGCGGAAUUCGGGCCAGGGCAGCUCUUGUUGCGAUGAUUUACGAAAAGGGUUUGACCGUUUCUAGUCGGUCAAAGCUCAGUAGUUCCAGUGGCGAGAUUACCAACCUUAUAGCCAUUGAUGCUGAAAGAAUCGGUGAGUUUGGCUGGUACAUACAUGAUCCAUGGCUAGUAAUCGUGCAGGUGGGUUUAGCGUUAGGAAUUUUAUAUCUGAAUCUUGGGUUUGCUUCACUUGCUGCAUUAGUAGCCAUUGUUAUCGUGAUGUUGCCUAAUAUUCCGUUAGGAAGUGUACAGCAGAAGUUUCAAGAGGAGUUAAUGACAUGUAAAGAUAAGAGAAUGAAAAAAACAUCGGAAAUCUUGAGGAAUAUGAAGAUUCUUAAACUUCUGGCAUCGGAGAUGAAGUUUUUGUCCAGAAUUAUCGAGCUUCGAAAUCUUGAAACCGGAUGGUUGAAAAAGUACCUGGUUACUUCAGCCACGAUCGUGUCGGUAUUCUGGGUUGCGCCUACUUUCGUAGCUGUGGUCACUUUCGGAACAUGUAUGCUUGCCGGGAUUCCGCUUGAAUCCGGGAAGAUAUUAUCUGCAGUUGCAACGUUUAAAAUACUUCAACAACCGAUUUACAAUCUUCCUGAUACAGUUGCAAUGAUAGCACAAACUAAAGUCUCGUUAGAUCGUAUAAUCUCAUACCUUAAUCUCGAUGACUUAGAUUCUGGUCUUGUAGAGAUGCUGCCACGAGGUUGUUCUGAUGUUGCAAUCGAGAUAACGAAUGCUACCUUUUCGUGGGAUGUUUCAUCUGCGGAUCAAGUAUUGAAAGAUAUAAACAUCAAAGUUGAUCAUGGGAUGAAGGUUGCUGUUUGUGGGACCGUUGGAUCAGGGAAAUCUAGUUUUCUUUCGUGUAUCCUUGGUGAAGUGGCUAAAGUAUCAGGAAGUAUUAAGCUCAGUGGUACCACAGCUUAUGUGGCUCAGUCUCCAUGGAUACAGAGCGGAAAAAUAGAAGAGAACAUCUUAUUUGGUAAAGAGAUGGACAAAAUAAGGUACGAUAAGGUUCUUGAAGUAUGCGCGUUGAAGAAAGACCUUGAAAUUCUGCCGUUUGGUGAUCAAACGGUUAUUGGAGAGAGGGGAAUCAAUUUGAGUGGCGGGCAGAAGCAGAGAUUACAGAUUGCUCGUGCUUUAUAUCAAGAUUCAGACAUCUAUCUCUUUGAUGAUCCGUUCAGUGCAGUUGAUGCUCAUACCGGAAGCCAUCUCUUUAAAGAAUGUUUACUGGGAUUUCUGGACUCAAAAACAGUUAUUUACAUCACCCAUCAAGUUGAGUUCUUGCCGGCUGCUGAUCUUAUCCUGGUCUUAAAAGCUGGAAGGAUCAAACAAGCUGGAAAGUAUAAAGACAUUCUCAAUUCAGGAAGCGACUUUAUGGAACUCGUUGGUGCACAUAAAGAAGCUUUAUCGGUAAUUGAUUCUAUAAACACAAGCUUUGAAUACGAAAACCCACAAGUUACGGAUGAAGAUAGAAAUGAGUUUAAAUCAGAAAAAACAGAAGGGACUAACAGACAGCUUGUUCAGAAAGAGGAAAGGGAAAAGGGGAGUGUUGGUCUUUCUAUAUACUGGAGAUACAUUACAAGUGCUUAUAAAGGGGCACUUGUGCCCUUUAUAUUGCUAACAGCAGUUCUAUUUGAGCUUAUUCAAGUGGCAAGCAAUUACUGGUUGGCUUGGGCAUCACCCGUUUCAGACGGGAUGGUGCCUCCGGUUGGAGGGUCUACACUCAUAAUCGUUUAUGUAGGUUUGGCAAUUGGAAGCACUUUUUGCAUAUUUGGUAGAGCGAUGUGGCUUACAAUUGCUGGCUAUGUGACGGCCAAGCUACUCUUCAAUAAAAUGCAUUUAUGCAUUUUUCAUGCUCCUAUGUCUUUCUUUGAUGCUACCCCAAGUGGGCGAAUUCUAAAUAGAGCAUCCACAGAUCAAACUGCGGUGGACGUGACAAUUCCAAAUGCCAUUGGUGUUUUUGUGUUUGCAGUUAUACAGCUUCUUGCUGUUAUUGCAAUCAUGUCUCAGAUUUCUUGGCAGGUGUUUCUGGUUUUCGUUCCAGUCAUUGCUAUUUGUAUAUGGUUACAGCAAUAUUACAUCUCUACAGCACGAGAGUUAGCAAGACUAGUUGGUGUGUGCAAAGCCCCCAUAAUACAACAUUUCACCGAAACAGUGUCGGGUUCAACAACCAUCAGGAGUUUUCGUCAAGAAGACAGAUUUCAAGACACGAAUAUGAAACUCCUUGAUGGAUAUUCCCGACCAAAUUUUCACAGUGCUGCUGCUAGAGAGUGGCUAUCAUUUCGGGUGGAGUUAUUGGCCUCUGUUACUUUUGCUUUUUUCCUAAUUUUUUUGCUCAUUAUUCCAAAUGGGACCAUCGAUCCAAGCAUUGCGGGGUUAGCAGUAACAUAUGGGCUUAAUUUGAACAUCCUACAAGCUUCGGUAAUAUGGAAACUAAGCAACAUGGAGAAUAGCAUUAUUUCAGUUGAAAGAAUAUUUCAGUACAUGUCUAUCCCAAGCGAGGGACCUCUUGUUGUGGAAUCAAGUAGGCCAAGCGAUAUGUGGCCAUCACAUGGAAAAAUAGAUAUCUGCAACCUUCAGGUACGGUAUGCUUCACACAUGCCACUUGUGUUAAGAGGACUUACCUGCACUUUUCAUGGUGGCAAGAAGACUGGAAUUGUAGGGAGAACAGGAAGUGGUAAAUCAACUCUUAUACAAACACUCUUUCGCAUUAUUGAACCAACUAUGGGAGCAAUUUUCAUAGAUGAGAUCAAUAUAUCCACAAUUGGACUUCAUGAUUUACGGUCAAAAUUGAGCAUAAUCCCUCAAGAUCCAACCAUGUUCCAAGGAACUGUAAGAAGCAAUAUGGAUCCACUUGAACAGUACACUGAUGAACAGAUUUGGGAGGCUCUAGAUAAGUGCCAACUUGGAAAUGAAGUUAGAAGGAAGGAAGGCAAGCUUGAUUCGGCAGUUGAUGAGAAUGGAGAGAAUUGGAGCAUGGGUCAAAGACAACUGGUCUGUCUUGGGCGAGUGUUACUCAAGAAAAGCAAGAUCUUGGUGCUUGAUGAAGCUACUGCAUCGGUGGAUACAUCAACCGACUAUAUGAUACAACAAACACUUGGGCAGCACUUCUCUGACUCAACUAUCAUCACUAUUGCACAUCGGAUCACAUCGAUGCUCAACGGUCACAUGGUUCUAGUCUUGGAACAAGGACUCAUUGAGGAAUAUAAUUCACCAUUAAAGUUGUUGGAAAACAAAUCUUCUUCCUUUGCAAAGCUUGUUGCUGAGUACCGUGGGAGAUCUAGUUCGAGCUAUGGAACCUAGAAUUGCUGUUAUUCGCGGGUAUUAUGGUCAAUAAGUCAAUUGUAUUAGGCUAUGGUACAAGUCUUGGAUACAAAUAUGUGAAGCAGGGUAGUGGGUCGGUUACUUGGUAUAAAUAAGAGGGUUUUGGAGGGGAGAAAGGCAUCGAUCAUUCUAUUGAGUUUGAGAUUGGCGAAAGCCUCUGAGAGACCUCCAACUUCUCGAAUCGUUGAAACCCUUUGUUCAAUAAUUUGAUUUCAGUUGUAAUUCCAUGUUGAAGUCAUCAUUGUGUACCAAUUUCAUUGUUAAUUGCUCUGAUACCAACUGAUACAACCUGAGAAAUUAACAAUAAAAUUGGUACACAAUGAUGACUUCAAUAUGCAAUUAGAAUUGAAAUCAAAGGAUUGAACAUGUUCCAGCAAUUCGAGAUGCUGGAGGUCUCCCAAAGGCUUUCGCCAAUCUCAAACUCCAUUGAAUAAUCACAACCCUCCUCCCCUCCAAAACCCUCUUAUUGAUACCAAGUAACCGACCCUCUACCCUGCUUCACCUACUUGUACCCGACAGUAAACACUUGUACUAUAGCCUACUACAAUUGACUUA